UCCCUUCCCCUCCCCCGGCCCACUGAUGUCGCGGACCGACACCGCCUUGCAGGGGCCGGGGGCUGCGGAGAGGGGCGGCAGUGAGACCUGGGGAGCUGCCCCAACCCUCAGCAGGCGGGGCCAGGGGACCCUAAAUUAGGGCCUGGAAGGACGCCUGAGCCGGGAGAGAGGGGGGAAUGGGGACUAGGGUGAAAGCGGGCGAGGGAUGCAGUCCCCGCCCCGGGGGCGGAGCCAAAGCUCAAGCCUGCGGCUGGAGAGACCCGCGGAAAUCCGUCCCGGCUCCCUGCCCUUCUCCCGGGAUUGAGGACGCAGCCCGCACCCCCCGCCCUCCGGCUCCGCCAGGGCGCAGAUGCGAUCUCCGCACCCCGCUGCCACCCGGGAGCUUUCGGCGGCGGCGACCAUGGCGCGAGGAGACGCCCCGCGGGACAGCUACCACCUGGUCGGGAUCAGCUUCUUCAUCCUGGGACUGGGCACCCUCCUUCCCUGGAACUUCUUCAUCACCGCCAUCCCGUACUUCCAGACACGCCUGGCCCGGGUCAACAUCACAGCCGAGACCCUGAGCUCCAACCACACAGGCCCCACAGACACCUUCAGCUUCAACAACUGGGUGACGCUGCUCUCCCAGCUGCCCCUGCUACUCUUCACCCUCCUCAACUCCUUCCUGUACCAGUGCAUCCCUGAGGCGGUGCGCAUUCUGGGCAGCCUGCUGGCCAUACUCCUGCUCUUUGCCCUGACAGCAGUGUUGGUCAAGGUGGACGUGAGCCCUGGACCCUUCUUUUCCAUCACCAUGGCCUCCGUCUGGUUCAUCAACUCCUUCUGCGCAGUGCUGCAGGGUAGCCUCUUCGGGCAGCUGGGCACCAUGCCAUCCACCUACAGUACCGUCUUUCUCAGUGGCCAGGGCCUGGCUGGGAUCUUUGCUGCCCUAGCCAUGCUCAUGUCCAUGGCAAGUGGUGUGGAUGCCCAGACCUCUGCCCUGGGGUACUUCAUCACACCCUGUGUGGGCAUCCUCAUGUCCAUCGUGUGUUACCUGAGCCUGCCCCACCUGGAGUUUGCCCGCUACUACCUGACCAAGAAAUCCUCACAGGUCCCAGCUCAGGAACUGGAGACCAAAGCUGAGCUCCUUCAGUCUGAUGAGAAGAAUGGGAUUCCCAACAGCCCCCAGAAAGCAGCCCUGACUCUGGAUCUUGACCUUGAGAAGGAGCCAGAGCCUGAGCCAGAUGAGCCUCAGAAGCCAGAAAAACCUUCAGUCUUCAUUGUCUUCCAGAAGAUCUGGCUGAUGGCGCUGUGCCUUGUGUUGGUCUUCACAGUCACCCUGUCGGUCUUCCCUGCCAUCACAGCCAUGGUGACCAGCUCCACCGGCCCGGGGAAGUGGAGUCAGUUCUUCAACCCUAUCUGCUGCUUUCUGCUCUUCAACAUCAUGGACUGGCUGGGCCGGAGCCUGACUUCCUACUUCCUAUGGCCAGAUGAGGAUAGCCGACUGCUGCCCCUGCUGGUUUGCCUGCGAUUCCUGUUCGUGCCACUCUUCAUGCUGUGCCAUGUGCCUGAGCGGGCUCGGCUACCCAUCCUCUUCCGGCAGGAUGCCUACUUCAUCACGUUCAUGCUGCUAUUUGCCAUCUCCAAUGGCUACCUGGUGUCCCUCACCAUGUGCCUGGCACCCAGGCAGGUGCUGCCACAUGAGAGGGAGGUGGCCGGUGCCCUCAUGACCUUCUUCCUGGCCCUGGGACUUUCCUGUGGAGCCUCCCUCUCCUUCCUUUUCAAGGCACUGCUCUGAAGGGGCCAUCAGGGAUCCAGGCAGCCUUCUUCUCAGGGCCCUUCUGGAACUGAGUCUGAGCCAGACGCAAGAGAAAGGACAAGCUGGGCUCCGGCCUCUGCUGAGCCUGGGCACUUGAUCUGCAGGUGGCCAGAACUCACCAUUUCCUGCUGGUGGCCACUUGGGUUAUGCAAGAAACAUCCCACCACUGCACAUCCUACCCCUCACCCAGGGAUGGGCUAGGGUACACAGGAACAGACUUCACCAAAGGGGGUGAUCAGAGAAAAGGGCACAGGGCCAGGGGCCUUCCUGCCAUGGGACUGCACCUGUUCAUCAACAAGCCACUUGCUGACCCUAGGGAGCAGAGCUACAUACCAGAGGGUCUGCUGGGGGUGCAGCUGAUAUGGCCUCUACCUCUACUGUGAGAGGGAGGUGGGGCCUGGGCCAGAGCUACCCCCACCCAAUCCCCAGUGACGCCAUGGUCACAUCCUCCCCACCAAAAGCAUAGAGUUCCAGGGAAGAUGAGGGCAGGGGAGGUGUUGAGGAUCUGAGGGUGCUCAAAGGACCGGGCUCUGAGACUCAAAACAGUGUUUUUAUGGCCAACACUCCUGUCUUCAUUCCCCAGAGCCCAGCUGGGCCUGGUUCCCAGAAUGACAGCCUGCAUGUGUAGGCUGCACUUUACAGUUUGCAAAGGUUCUCUGCACCCCUCCCUCACCAAGCCUUACUGAGGCUCUUGGAAGAAGCUGGGCAGGGAUUGUCUCCCCAUUGCACGGGUGGGGAAAGUGAGUCCCAGGAGGAGUGAGUGGUCCAUGGUAGGGCAGGGACAGCAGCCCCAUCUCCCCACACCCUGGGUGCUAUUAUUCUUCCUCCAUCACCUGCUUCUUUUCCUUAAGGGGCUCAGGACAGGAGCCCUAAACAUAUAUUCCACCUUCUCACCCCAAUUUUCCCUCUGACCCUGCUCCUAGGCCUAAUUAUAGCUGGUUUGUUUGUAUGAUG